AUGUCUCGCGCCGGAUUAUGGGCGAAGACCAUAGCCGGUGGUCUUCUCAUGGUCGUCGGUGGCCCCGCUCUUGUAGAGUAUAUCCGACCCUCCGACGAAGAGCUUAGGAAGCGAUACAACCCUGAUCUGCAAAAGCGCGCUGCCGAACAGGGGGACCGCCGGGCACAGGAAUUCGAUGACUACGUCAAUAAGCUGAAGGAUUGGUCCAAAUCCGAUAAGUCCAUCUGGUAUGCCGCUCAGGAAGAAUUAGACCAGAAGCGAGCAGUUCUGGAGGCAAAACGCGCACAGGAGAAGGAACAAACGCGGACACAACGGGAGGAGAUGCGCAAGGAGAUGCUGGGUGAAAAAUGA